UUUUUGUUGCUUUUUUCAGAUUGAAGACAGAUGAAAGUAUUCCCAUGGAGAGAACUCUUUGCCAGACGGUUCAUGUUGAAGUCCUGCUGAAGGACAUCAGGCACAAGCAGAAUGAGGAGUACUUGAAGCAAGUUGCCUUGAAGUGCAUCCAUGGAGUAGAGAAACUACAGAGAUUGGAGUUCCACUUUUAUCACCUAGAAGAAGAAAGAGGAGAGGAAGAGGAUCUGGAUGAAGAUGGUGGCAGUGCAGCUGCUCUUCACUGGCUUCUCCCCAACAGAGAAUUCCAUGGGCUCUGGGACAGCCUCGUCUUUGGCUCUCCUGUAAAGGAAAAACUGCUGUCAUAUAUGAAGUCAGCCCUGAUGUUUGCUGAUCAUGGUGUGGAUGGUCAUUUGAUAAACCUGAACAAGGUUGUUCUCCUUCAUGGGCCACCAGGGACUGGCAAGACAUCACUUUGCAAGGCUCUAGCUCAGAAACUCACUAUUCGUCUCUCUCAUCGCUACAAAUAUGGCCAACUCAUUGAGAUCAACAGCCAUAGCCUUUUUUCACGCUGGUAUUCAGAAAGUGGGAAGCUGGUGCUGAAGAUGUUUGAGAAGAUCAAGGAAAUGAUGGAUAAUCCUGAUGCAGUUGUCUUCAUUCUCAUCGACGAAGUAGAGAGUCUUGCAGCUGCUCGAGCUGCUGCUAUUGCUGGGAGUGAUCCAUCUGAUUCCUUGCGAGUCGUCAAUGCACUCCUGACUCAGCUUGAUCAGAUACGCAGGUACCCAAACAUCCUGAUCCUGAGCACAAGUAACUUGACAGGUGCAAUUGAUGUUGCCUUUGUGGAUCGAGCAGAUGUGAAGCUCUAUAUUGGACCUCCACCUAAAGGGGUGAUUGAAAAGACAGAAGGAGACCUCUUCCCUAUGGUUGAACCUGGGGCCACAGUCAUGAAUACUGAAACUGAAAAACUAUGGGAAAUCAGUCGGAAAAGUGAAGGUGUGAGUGGACGUAGUGUGCGGAAGCUCCCAUUCCUGGCACAUACUCUGCUUGAUGCAUCUUCAGCAGUCACAUUGACAGAGUUCCUUAAUGCCCUCAACUCUGCCCUGGAGCAUAUGAAAAUUUCCUACUUGGUCACCCUCUCUUGCGCCGUGAAAUUGGACCCAGUCACUGUUGUGGAAGCGAAACGAGCCGUGGACGUGACCGUGCGGUGA